AUGGAGUGUAUCUUGCACAAGUACUUUCCAAAGCGUUAUCUAUUGCUCCUGGAAUACCUCUACCGCACUCCCUCCAACGCCGGCGUCACCAGAGAAGCUCAACCGCCCAAUGUCCUUCUCUUCAUAGGCGGCUUGUACGACAGCUUCCGCAGUCCAGGCUACGUCGAUGACCUGGCUGCGUUGUUUCCGCGCAACGCACCGAAUCAGAAAUGGAGGGUUAUGCACGUCCAGCUAUCAUCGGCCGGCAGGGCAUUUGGCGUCUUUGAUCUGAACCGCGAUGUGGAGGAAAUCAGCCACGCCAUACGCUAUAUCCGCGAGAACGUCACACAGUCCUCAUCCACGCCCGUGGUCAUCAUGGGCCACUCGACGGGAUGUCAGGACGUGAUGCACUAUCUCACCAGCGCAACCUCGUCCUCGCCGUCGCAACCGAGAUCAGUAAUCUCGGGCGCGAUCAUGCAGGCCCCCGUCUCGGAUCGUGAAGCCAUCCUGGACGAAACCAACAAGAAGCCCGACGUCCGGGAAUCGUACGAAAAGGCGCUGGCCACGUGCGCGUCGACCCCUGUGUCGAAGCACACCACCACGAUCCUACCCACCGACAUCACCAAGGACAUAGUGGGAUCGGCGCCAAUCAGCAUUUCCCGGUUCCUCAGUCUCGCCUCGCCCGACUCUCCCGCCCGCCCUUCCAUCGACGACUACUUCUCCAGCGACCUGUCGGACGAACACCUCCUGACAACCUUCGGGCGCAUCGGCUCGGUCGAAUUCCUUCAGCCGGAGCCGACGGGCUCGAUGCAGGAGAAGCAAAAAAGCAUCCUGAUUCUCGAAUCGGGCAGCGACGGCGCCGUGCCGGCUUACAUCGACAAACACCAGCUCAUUGGACGGUGGAAGCACGCCAUCGAGGCGGGAAGCGACGGCAAAGCCACUUCUUCGUCUCACUCGAUGGUCGUUCCCAAUGCCGUGCACGACAUCGGAGGCACGACCAUCGAGGCCCGGACCGCGCGUCUGAUCGACAUGCGUGGCGCAGUGCUGCGAUAUCUCCAAGAUGUUGUUGGGGAUAUCGGCCACGAGACCGAUUCCUCUGGACCCUGGCCGAUCUGGCAGCACGACAAAAAGGCCAUUGAGGCCGAGGCCGGAGUGACUGACGUCAAGCUAUAG